AUGGAGGGGAAGAGUUCCGCGAAGAAGAAGAAGGUGAGGAAGACCAACCCUCCGGCGGAGGAGGCAGUGACGGCGGCGGCGACCAUCCUCCUGAGGGAGGAUCUCAUCUUGGAGAUCCUCUCCCGCCUCCCCGCCAGGUCCGUCCACCGCUUCAAGUGCGUCUCCCCGGCCUGGCGCGACCUCAUCGCCGACCCCGCCCACCGCAAGAAGCUGCCCCAACCCCUCGCCGGUUUCCUCUACAGCACCUACCACGGGCCGGACCGUCGCAUGUACGACUUUCACUUCGCCAAAGUUCCCGGCGGCGCAGCCCAGCCGGUCGACCCGUCCCUCUCUUUCUUGCCGUCCCACAAGUACUGGUACGUCGACCGGCUGGACACCUGCAAUGGCCUCCUCCUCUCCCGCGCCCACAAGUUCCCUUCUACUCCUUUCGGGGACGACGAUGAGCAGCUUGAAUACCAUUACAUCGUUUGCAAUCCGGCCACCGGGAGGUGGGUUGGCAUCCCCGCACUCCCGCCGGUGGCAGACGGCCACCGCGUCAUCGCUCGUUUGGCUUUUGAUCCAGCAGUGUCGCCGCAUUUCCACGUUCUUCAGUUUGAGGACACCGAACAGGAUAAAUACAUCACAGGAGUGGCCAUCUACUCUUCGCAAACCGGAGCCUGGAAUUACAGAGAAAGCCGCCUUCCUGAGAAAAUUAGCCUGUUCGCUGGCCUUACAAGUGUCUUCUUUCAAGGUAUGCUGCACUUGUAUGGUUUGUUGUAUCCCGUGAACACGGACUUUGAUGCUGUGCUGGUAGCAGUGGACAUGGAGGGGCAGGUGUGGAAGACUAUCCCUGUGCCAUCAGGUAGUCUGAGUUUUGGUAUGAUGGGAGUGUCACAGGGGUGCUUGCACUACGCUGCCACACCGCUAGCUCCUGCGAGAAGAAGAAGAAGGGGAAGAAGAAAAAGCAUGGGGAUACAACAACAGUCUGGUACAUGAAGGAUUAUGAUAGUAAAGAAUGGGUCUUGAAGCAUAGUGUGAGCUACGAUGAGUUGUGCAGCAUGACUGGUGGGGAGUACAGGGUGGCUGCUUUUCAUCCAGACUGCGACACCAUUUUCUUGGACUCGUUUGGUUCUGAUACGUUGGCAUCAUACGAUAUGCAGCAUCAGAAAUUCCAUCGGAUCCGUAGUCUUCGGAAAAACAAGGCAGCGAUAUUUUUACCAUAUGUUCCAUUGUUCUCGGACUCAUUUGCAGGUGCAGAUGGGCAGUAGUGUUACCUGCAAGUCAAGCUUGUGCUUCCUCCAAGAAUUUGCUCUUCUUCUGUAGGUGCUGAACUAUUUAUCUGUUGAUCUCUGAAUUUUUUUUCAAUCAUGUCAUUUUAUUUGCUGGUGCUUGUGCUCCCGUAGCUUGAUUUUCUGUUCGGAGCAAUCCCUGUAACCAUAGAGAUUAAGCAUACUGCAAUUUUGAAAGAACAUGGUUACUAUU